UAUGUGGAAAAUUAACAGACACACGACACGAUACCUCAAAAUCUUCCUAUCACUUGCUACUGCCACUCACACACAGCACUACAAGAACAGAGGAAAACACAAGUUCCAAAAAUGGCGAUUCUGAACUACAUUUGUGUGACCUCUGCAGCCACACCCACCUCACCAGAGUCUCCAAUUCCCUCACCAAUUCCAGACCCAAGACAAAGCAAGAUUCUCCUUCCCAACAAAAAGCCCGAGAAAUGGUCCACUGGGAUGGCUCCUGGGGAUUACGGUGGCCCUCCCACCACCACCAAGCUCCGCAAGUAUUGGGGUGGCGAUAAUCGAGACCCUUUGGACACUGAUGGCUUUAUGUGGAACAAAGAUUUUAUGAGUCGCUACCAAAAGUUGAUUCAGGAAACUCAACCGGGAGCCACUCAAUCCCCUCCUGCAAAGGAAGAGGCUUCUGGGUUUCUAAGCUUUAAUAGAGUCAUGAGCCUUGACAGUUUGGAGGUUGACUUGAGCAAAGAACUCUCAGCUCCUGCAAAAAAUAAUAUACACCAGCAAAUCGAGGCAGCACCUGAGAUGACUGAAAGUGAAAGCAAGAGGGUAAGAUGGAAGUUGGUACCAACACGCCGUGAGCAAGAAAAAUGGGAUAGAGCUACGAAGGCUGCAACUGGAGGCAACGAUGUGAUGUUUCGGGAACUGAGGCGGCCUCGUGAAAAUCCAGAAGUUUUGGCUGCUCAAGCUGAGGAGCAGUAUGAUAAGUUAAAGAACAAGAUGCAAAUCCUUACAUUGGGCAUAGGUGGCGUUGGUCUGGUUUCAUCUUAUGUUUCUUAUUCUCCUGAGAUUGCAGCUAGCUUUGGUGCUGGCUUGCUUGGUUCUUUGGCAUAUAUUCGCAUGCUGGGAAGUAGCGUGGACGCACUAAGAACAAAUGGUGGAAAGGGCUUUGUCAAGGGAGCAAUUGGGCAGCCAAGGUUACUGGUUCCUGUUAUAUUAGUCAUGGUUUAUAACCGCUGGAAUGCGAUUCUUGUUCCAGAAUUUGGAGCUAUGCACUUAGAAUUGAUACCAAUGCUAGUGGGUUUUUUCACAUACAAGAUUGGAACUUUUUUCCAAGCUAUAGAGGAAGCGAUUACCAUAGCUGUAAAGAAGACCUAAAUAUCAGAAAGGGGGUGGGGGAGCAUGCUCUCUCAAUAGAUUUUUGGUUUUUUCUCCAACAUACUAGUGUUUUUUUACCUACAUAUGUCGUAUUUUAUACGUAAAUUAAUACGUUAAUUUUUUAAAAUAUAAUAAACAAAGUUUAAUAUAAGAGUCUGAAAUGCGAUGUAAACGAUUGCUUAACUAAUAAAAAGAUUGGUUAACGAAA